AUGGAAGACAAGUUUGAUGAAGGUCCGCGCAACUACAACGAUGAGUCAAGUGUCGUUGAGUUUGAUGAUCAUGAUGAGGACGAAGAAAAAGAAGAAGGUAAAACUGACGACGACAUGGACUCGAGCGACGAUGACAACGAAGACACCAGGUCUUCGAAGAGCAACAUCAAGAGACACACGCGCACUCAAUCACUUGAGAAAGCUACCGUCAUUCCAAGUCCCAAGCGAAGAACAUACAGAGGUCCGUCGCUUGAGCAUGUGUCAGCGGCUGCAAUGGAUUUUGAAGCAGCCUACAUCGUUGAUUCAGUGGGGGAAACGCCGACUACAUUCAAGUCGGCGAUGGAAUCAAGCGACUCCGGCAAGUGGAAAGAAGCGUGUGACUCGGAGUUCGAUUCGCUUCAGAGAAACGACACGUGGGAAAUCGUGCCUCUUCCGAAAGGUCGCAAGGCCAUCGGGUGCCGAUGGGUUUUUCGUGUAAAGGAGAAUCAAGAUGGCGAAGUUGAACGUUUCAAGGCAAGACUUGUGGCCAAAGGAUUCUCACAGAAAUUCGGAGUUGACUAUGAAGAAACUUUCGCACCGGUGGCCAAGUUCACAUCGAUUCGUGUGGUGCUCAGUAUGGCGGCUAAGUACGGCCUAAUGCUACAUCAGAUGGACGUCAAGACAGCGUUUCUUAACGGCUCCCUCAACGAAGACAUCUACAUGGACCAGCCGGACGGAUACCUGGAUGCAACACAGCCGGACUAUGUGUGCAAGCUAAAGAGAUCACUCUACGGCUUGAAGCAAUCGCCUCGCAUGUGGAACCAAACAAUCGAUGGGUUCAUGAUCAAGAUGGGAUUCAAGAAGUGCGAAUCGGACCACUGCAUCUACAUCAAGCGAGACGACCAAGACAUGAUUCUCGUGGUGCUCUACGUCGAUGAUCUCAUCCUGGCCAGCAGCAACAACGAACUCCUCAAGUCAACCAAGAUGGCGCUGAGCAAACGCUUCGAAAUGACGGAUCUCGGUGAGCUCGAUUACUUUCUCGGCAUGGAGAUCAAGAACGACCGUAAGACGGGAAUGGUGACUGUACAACAAACCAAGUUUCUCAAGUCCGUGUUAACCAAGUUCGGAAUGGAUAACAGCAAGCCAGUGAAGACGCCUCAAGAUCCCGGCCUGAAGCUAACCAAGAACAUGUGUGAACAAGAAUGCAAGCACGAAGACACCAUGUGCAACGUGCCAUAUCGAAGUGCUGUCGGAGGCAUCAUGUAUCUCAUGGUCGCCACACGUCCGGAUCUAGCUGCUGCAGUGGGAUCAUUAUCCCAGUUCUCGUCCGACCCAUGCCCGACUCACUGGCAAGCUUUGAAGCGUGUGCUGAGAUACCUGCAAGCAACGCCCAAUCAUGGUCUUGAGUUUACACGUGAAGAAGGAAGCCGUAUCUGCGGGUACACCGACGCAGACUGGGCCGGCGACAUUGAGUCAAGACGAAGUACAAGCGGCUAUGUGUUCAUGAUGAGCGGAGGAUGCAUCAGCUGGAAAAGACAGAAACAACGGACGGUCGCGCUAUCUUCAACAGAAGCAGAAUACAUGGCGCUUUCCGAAGCAACCAAAGAAGCAGUAUGGCUCAAAGUGCUUUUGGGGGAACUUGGUGAGAUGACAAGCGACGAAGCGAUCAAGAUGUAUGAAGACAACCAAGGAUCAAUCGCUCUCGCCAAGAACCCGGAGUUCCAUAAGAGAACAAAACACAUCGACAUACGCUACCAUUUUGUGCGUGAGAAGGUGGAAUCAGGUGAAGUCGUUUUGGAGUAUUGCCCGACUCAAGAUAUGCUGGCAGACAUGAUGACCAAGCCGAUCGCCGCUGUACAAUUUGAAAACAUUCGCGAUCGACUUGGGAUCAAGGUGCCGCAGCUAACGAGUCGAGAGGGAGUGUUGAAAAGACAGCGGCUGUGA